CACUGUCCAUCCGGGUCACUGAUGUUAGCUUAGCUUAGCUUAGCUAACGAUGCCGCCUGCAGUCUCACACACAAACAAAUAAAAACAAAAGUUUAGGAACCCGGCUGUGUUAGACUGUAUUACAUGCAUUUUCGUGUUUUUUCUUAUGACCUCACAAACUGACACAGAGGCACGGGGAAACGUGUUUGCAUAGAUUUUAGUCAACGUCUUCUAAGUUAUUUUUAUAUAACUUAGCCAACAUGAACUAGCUAAUUGAUUAGCUGUCUGUGCUAAACAUUCAGCAUUUAUAGCAAGCUGGCUGAAACCCAAACGUACUAAAUCUGAGGAGAGAAAGGUCACGAAAGGAUGUCGGACUCAGACAGUGACGAGGACCAAGAUCGUCCUUUCUCUCUAACUGGCUUCCUCUUUGGAAAUAUAAAUGAAGAUGGGCAGCUGGAAGAUGACAGUGUUCUGGACAAUGAGUCCAAAAAACAUCUGGCUGGGUUGGGUACUCUGGGUCUGGGCUCACUUAUUACAGAGAUCACUGCCAAUGAGGAGGGGGAUCAAGACGAGAACAGAGACUCUGGAAGUGUAGAUGCAGAAGGUUGGGUGAAAAGCACUGAAGAUGCAGUUGAUUAUUCUGACAUCAGUGAGGUCGCUGAGGAUGAGACAAAGAAGUAUCGCCAGGCCAUGGGGUCUUUGCAGCCCAGCAGGAAAACAGAUGAUGAGGAUGACUAUGAUGCGGACUGUGAGGAUAUUGAUUCUAAGCUUAUGCCUCCUCCGCCACCACCAAGUCUUCCUACAUCUGCAAAGAAAGAGGAACCCUCCUCUCAGAGCACAAAUGCUAGCGAAGAGGGUGAUGGCAUUAUCCUGCCCUCCAUCAUUGCACCAUCCUCUACUGCUGAUAAGGUGGACUUCAGCAGCUCCUCAGACUCAGAAACAGAGGCUGAUCGUCCCUGCCAGGGCUCGGGGUCUGGAGGCCCCCCAGACAGUCUCAACCUCCCUCUUGCUGGCAUCAUGCAGAAAGAUGCUGCCAAAGCACUGCCAGGUGUCACAGAGCUCUUCCCAGAGUUUAGACCUGGAAAGGUGCUUAGGUUCUUACGGCUCUUUGGUCCUGGAAAGAACAUGCCGUCAGUUUGGAGGAGUGCCCGUAGGAAAAAGAAGAGGAAACACCGGGACCCUCAGCCCGGGACACCUCCUCCAGAAGGAGAGCCCACAGAGCAAGGCCAGGAGAAGAAGUCUGGAUGGGAUUACGAGUACGCACACCCUCCACCCCCAGAGCAGUGUCUCUCUGAUGAUGAGAUAACCAUGAUGGCUCCAAUAGAAUCAAAGUUUUCGCAAGCUUGUGGUGAUGGUGACAAGGAGGCAGAGUCUCGACCCAAAGUGGCAGAAUGGAGAUAUGGUCCUGCCCAGCUCUGGUACGACAUGCUAGGCGUCUCUGAGGAUGGAAGUAACUUCAACUACGGGUUCAAACUAAAAGAACUGGACCCGAGUGAACCUCAGCAGCAGGAACCGCCCAAAGAAAUAACAGAGCCUGUACAAGAGGUUCAGAGGUUGCACGAUGAUGCUGAUGGUGAUGGUGAUAACGAUGGUGAUGAUGAUGAUGAUGAUCAUGAGGACCGAAACAAGGACAGACAGGCCCUUGAGAAUGAGCUCUUCCUGAUGGUCACUCAACUGCAGUGGGAGGAUGACAUUAUUUGGAAUGGGGAGGAUGUAAAACACAAGGGCACCAAGACGCAGCGAGCCAGCCUUGCAGGAUGGCUGCCGUCUAGCAUGACACGCAACGCCAAUGCUUAUAACGCACAGCAGGGACUGACAAGAAGUAAUUCCCAGUUGGUGCCACCCGCACCUCCUCCUAUGCCCAAAGCUUCUUCAAUCUCAGGUUCCAAGAGGGAAAAAAACAGCCAUGAUAAUCAUGCCUCUCAGGAAGAAGACUCUCCCUGGUUCUCCAUUUUCCCCAUUGACAGUGAGGAGUUGGUGUAUGGACGCUGGGAAGACAAUAUUAUCUGGGAUGACCAGGAGAUGGAUCACAUGCUCAUGCCACCUGUUCUUACACUGGAUCCCAAUGAUGAAAAUAUCAUUCUAGAAAUUCCCGAUGAAAAGGAGGAGAUGACGUCCCACUCCCCAUCAAAAGAGAAUAAGAAGGAAUCAGCAAUCAAAAAGAGCCGCAUCCUGCUGGGGAAGACUGGGGUGAUAAAAGAUGAGCCACAGCAGAACAUGUCCCAGCCGGAGGUGAAGGACCCCUGGAACCUCUCCAAUGAUGAGUUCUACUAUCCCAAACAGCAGGGUCUGAGGGGCACGUUCGGUGGCAACAUCAUUCAGCACUCCAUCCCAGCACUGGAGCUGCGGCAGCCCUUCUUCCCCACUCACAUGGGACCUAUGAAGCUGCGCCAGUUCCAUCGAUCGACUCUGAAGAAGUACUCUUUUGGAGCAUUGGCUCAGCCGGGCCCCCACCCUGUCCAGCCACUGCUCAAACACAUUAAGAAGAAGGCCAAGAUGCGAGAGCAGGAGCGGCAGGCAUCAGGAGGAGGAGACAUGUUCUUCAUGCGAACCCCGCAAGACUUGACAGGCAAAGAUGGAGAUCUGAUCCUGGCAGAGUACAGUGAAGAAUACGCCCCUCUCAUCAUGCAAGUUGGCAUGGCCACUAAGAUCAAAAACUACUACAAAAGGAAACCUGGAAAGGAUCCUGGAGCACCAGACUGUAAAUAUGGAGAGACUGUAUACUGCCACACAUCCCCUUUCCUGGGUUCUCUGCAUCCUGGACAGCUGCUGCAGGCGUUUGAAAACAACCUUUUCCGCUCCCCAAUCUACCUGCACAAGAUGCCAGAGACAGAUUUCUUGGUUCUGCGUACACGACACGGCUACUACAUCAGAGAGAUUGUGGACAUUUUUGUGGUUGGUCAGGAGUGCCCUUUGUACGAGGUUCCAGGGCCCAACUCCAAACGAGCCAAUACCCACAUCAGAGACUUCCUUCAAGUGUUCAUUUACCGCUUGUUCUGGAAGAGCAAGGACCGGCCCCGGCGAAUCCGCAUGGAGGAUAUAAAAAAAGCUUUUCCAUCACACUCAGAGAGCAGCAUCAGGAAACGACUAAAACUCUGUGCUGACUUCAAACGCACAGGGAUGGACUCGAACUGGUGGGUUCUGAAGCCUGACUUCAGGUUGCCAACAGAAGAAGAGAUCAGAGCCAUGGUGUCUCCAGAGCAGUGUUGUGCUUACUACAGCAUGCUGGUGGCAGAACAGAGACUCAAGGAUGCCGGAUAUGGUGAGAAAUCAUUCUUUGCUCCAGAGGAGGAGAAUGAAGAGGACUUUCAAAUGAAGAUUGAUGAUGAGGUGCGGACAGCUCCCUGGAACACAACAAGAGCCUUCAUCUCUGCCAUGAAGGGGAAAUGCCUGUUGGAGGUGACAGGUGUGGCUGAUCCUACAGGCUGUGGAGAGGGUUUCUCUUACGUCAAAGUGCCCAACAAGCCCACUCAACAGAAGGAUGACAAAGAGCCACAGCCUGCCAAGAAGACCGUGACAGGGACAGACGCUGACUUGAGGAGACUCUCGUUGAAGAAUGCCAAGCAGCUGCUGCGCAAGUUUGGUGUUCCAGAGGAAGAAAUCAAGAAGCUCUCACGUUGGGAGGUGAUUGACGUGGUGAGAACCAUGUCCACAGAGCAGGCACGUUCCGGAGAGGGACCCAUGAGCAAGUUUGCCAGAGGCUCUCGUUUCUCUGUCGCUGAACACCAGGAGCGCUACAAGGAAGAAUGCCAGAGGAUCUUUGACCUGCAGAACAAGGUGUUGGAGUCGACAGAAGUGCUCUCCACAGACACAGACAGCAGCUCUGCAGAGGACAGUGACUUUGAGGAGAUGGGAAAGAACAUUGAGAACAUGCUGCAGAACAAGAAGACCAGCUCCCAGCUGUCCCGCGAGAGGGAGGAGCAGGAAAGAAAGGAGCUGCAGAGGAUGUUGAUGGGCGAGGAGAGCGACCGCGACAACAAGGGACGCAAGGAGCGGCGGAAGGGCUUGUCAAGCUCCUUGUCCACCAGCUCCCACAAGGAUGACGACACAUCCUCCGUCACCAGCCUUAACUCCUCAGCCACAGGACGGAGACUCAAGAUUUAUCGCACCUUCAGGGACGAGGAUGGCAAGGAAUAUGUCCGCUGCGAGACAGUUCGCAAGGCUUCAGUCAUCGACGCAUACACCAGGAUCAGAACUACCAAGGAUGAUGAAUUUAUACGAAAGUUUGCCCUCUUCGAUGAGCAGCACAGAGAAGAGAUGAGGAAGGAGCGCCGGCGUAUUCAGGAGCAGCUGAGGAGGCUGAAGCGAAACCAGGAGAAGGACAAGAUCAAGGGACCUCCAGAGAAGAAGGCCAAGAAGGUCAAAGAGAGACCAGACCUCAAGCUAAAGUGCGGCGCAUGUGGAGCCAUUGGGCACAUGAGGACCAACAAGUUCUGCCCGCUGUACUAUCAGACCAACGCCCCUCCUUCUAACCCGGUUGCCAUGACAGAAGAGCAGGAGGAGGAGCUGGAAAAGACCGUCAUCCACAACGAUAACGAGGAACUGAUCAAGGUGGAGGGCACGAAGAUCGUGCUGGGCAAACAGCUCAUUGAAAGUGCCGAUGAGGUGCGCAGGAAGUCUUUAGUGCUCAAGUUCCCCAAGCAACAGCUCCCACCAAAGAAGAAGAGACGCGUAGGCAGCGCCGUGCACUGCGACUACCUCAAUAAACCACACAAGGCCAUCCACCGCAGACGCACCGACCCCAUGGUGACCUUGUCUUCUGUGCUAGAGAGCAUUAUCAAUGACAUGCGGGAUCACCCCAAUACAUACCCAUUCCACACACCGGUCAAUGCCAAGGUUGUGAAGGACUACUAUAAGAUCAUCACUCGGCCCAUGGACCUGCAGACGCUGAGGGAGAAUGUACGCAAACGAAUGUACCCAUCAAGGGAGGAGUUCCGGGAAGCAGUGGAGCUAAUCGUCAAAAACAGCGCCACCUACAACGGAGCAAAACAUCCAAUAACACAGGUAGCACAGUCCAUGCUGGACCUGUGUGAUGCAAAACUUAAAGAGAAGGAGGACAGACUGGUGAGGCUAGAGAAGGCCAUCAACCCCCUGCUGGAUGAUGAUGAUCAGGUGGCCUUCUCCUUCAUCCUUGACAACAUUGUAACCCAGAAAAUGAUGGUUGUCCAUGAUUCCUGGCCGUUCCACCAUCCUGUCAACAAAAAGUUUGUGCCCGAUUACUAUAAGGUGAUCAUAAACCCCAUGGAUCUGGAGACACUCCGCAAGAACAUCUCCAAGCACAAAUACCAGAACCGAGAUGCUUUCCUCUCAGAUGUCGGUCUCAUCCACACCAACAGUAUCAAGUACAAUGGCCCAGACAGUCCUUACACCAAGACAGCGCUGGACAUUGUCAACGUGUGCAAGCAGACUUUGGCAGAGUAUGAUGAGCACUUGACCCAGCUGGAGAAGGACAUCUCUACAGCUAAAGAGGCCGCUCUGGAUGCAGCAGACUUGGAGAGUCUGGACCCAAUGACCCCUGGGCCAUACACACCACAGCCUGCUGAUCUGUUUGACAGCGGGGCUUCAGGAAGUCUGCCCAGAGAGACCAGCAGCCUUUUCUCUGAGGGACCUCUAGUGGUUGCUCCAGAGAAGAGAGGGGGGCAGGGUCGCCACAGCAGAAGACCCGGGGAAGAGGAGUCAGAUGUGGACAUUGAAGGCUUUGAGGAGGACGAUGAUGGCAAACCCAAGACUCCUGCUCCUGCCGAGGACGCAGAGGGAGAUCUGGAGGACGAAGAUGACGAAGAGGAGAUGUUGCUGCCACCGCGCAGACGCAUGCAUGACCAGGAGGAAGAGGAGGAGGAGGAAGAAGAAGAGGAUGGAAGAUCUAACCGCCCAGCGCAAGCCAGCGUCCUGUAUCAGGAUCUACUCAUGUCUGACGGAGAGGACGAUGCCAGUGAAGAAGAGGGGGACAAUCCUUUCUCCUCCAUUCAUCUGUCAGAGAGCGGCAGCGACUCUGACAGAGAGGUGGACGUGCGACCUCCGCCUCCACGGAGAGCCCAAGACACGGCCCGCAUGGGCAUGGAGCAGGACGAGAGCAUGAUGUCAUACGAAGGGGACGUGCCUGAUGAACCUCACAUGGAGGAUAGCAAUGUUAGUUACGGCAGCUACGAGGAGAUGGGGAGCCGGAGUCAGAUGCAGCCCAUGGGCAUGGGCAACGGAGAAGACUACGGCAUCAGCGAGGAGGAGGAAGAUGAAGAAGAUGAAGCACGGAGGAGAGGCCCAGCCGUGCUCUCUCAGGUCCAGCUCAGUGAAGACGAUGAGAGCGAAGAGUUCAGAUCUAUCGGGGGAGACAGUGACAUGGACUCUGACAACUAGUGUUUUACACAGCAUCAAGAAAACAGUUUGUCAUCUCAGUUUUAAAAUGGAGAAAUUUGAGAUUUCUCAGGUGAAUAUAUUGUACAUUGGUUUUGUAAAUGAUGGUUAAUGUUUAUAGCUGUACUGUUAGGUAAGCUGUACCUCUACAGUACAGCGCAGCACAUUGUAAAUUUCAGUUUGCCUUUUACGUGUUGAAUGAGUAUUAUGUGCCAUGAUGUAUCUUGACAUGCAAUUGUGUUCAGUUCUUUUAUACUGUUUUAACUAAUUCAUAUCUUGCGCUCACAAAUAGUUCAGCAACGCUGUUUCUAGACCAAAUGUCUGCUUCAAAAACAGAAUAAACAUACAAAAGAAUGACAAACAGCUCUCUCUCCAGAAACAUAUUCAAUAUCAAAUCAUUUGUGCCGUUACAUUUUAAUGAAAAGACACACACCGCUAGAGACAAGCUCAGUUUAUUUACACAUAAAAGCAAAGUGUAACAGAUGCUUUUUGUGCAGGAGAGGUAACGAACCAAAAGACUAACAGCAUCUCAACAAAAGAAAGAACUUUUCAUCAGAGGAAAAGCACAGAUGUAAUUAUUGAUGCCAUUAAAGCUGUAGCUAUAUACCAGAGCCCUGUCAUUGUGCAUGCUGGCUACAGCUACAAUGAUUAUUUUGGCUUUUUGUUUAUCUGUUUUUGGGAUUAAUUCUGUAGGAAAUAUCAGAAAAUACGUAUUGCAUUUUAUAUGACCAACAGUCAGAUAAAAUCCAAGCAUAUUCAAUUAUAAGGAUAUUAAACAGAAAAGUAGUUAAUCCUCACAUUUGAGAACUUGAAACCAGUGGAUGUUUGGCAUUUGUGCUCAAGAAAUGACUGAAAUGAUCCAUUAUUACAACAUUGUGUUGAUGAGUUGUAACGCUGCCUUACUGGGACGAACGGAGUCGUCAUUAACGUUCUUUACACCUGAGCUUUUCUAAUGUGUGAGAGCUCAAACUGCUUGUGUUCUGGUUACACUGACAACUUUGCUGCUUUCUUACAAAAAAGUAACUUGUUUUUAUAAAGUUAAGGUAUAAUCAAUAUAAAGAAUAACAGUUUUGUAGAUAUUUAUUUUCUACUGUUUUCCUCAGUUCUAAGCAGUGAUAUAUUUUAUGGAGAAGAUCAUGUUGAUGAGUUCAGUCUGAUUUAUACUUUCUGGAUACAGACUAUUAAAAGUCUCUGUUCCAUG